GAAAACUGCUCUGAGCUGGCUCCAGCAGCUCGGUUGACAAUGGCUGAGUCCAGUUCCUGACUAUUCUGAUGCGGAAUGCCAGGUCCUCAGCUCAUGAACCACUGAGAGGGAAGCCUCCAGGAUCCCAGAGCGGACCACCAGGUGCCUGGGGCGGGGUUCCGCGGAAGUCGACCUCUCCGAGCCCGUGCGGGCGUCAGACGACCUGUCUGUUCAUCAAAUCACGGUUUUCCAGGAAUCAAGGCCAAAGGUAUGAACAAGGUGUCAAUUCUGAAGGGAAGAUUUUUGUAAGGAUGGACCCACACCUGAAGGUCCCCAGCAUAUAUGAUAGGGAUACUUUACAGAUACCUGAGAAUGAAAAAGCUUUUCAGUAUGAGGACCAGUUAGAAAGGCAUGAGGACAAGCCUGAAGAAGAAAGAUGGUAUAAAUGCAGUGAGUGUGGAAAGAAGUUUGCCCAGAGCUCAAGCCUUGUUCGACAUCGGAGAAUCCACACCGGAGAGAAACCCUAUGAGUGUGAUCACUGUGGAAAAGCCUUCAAUGCGCGCUCAACCCUCACUGUGCAUGAAAGAAUCCACACUGGUGAGAAACCCUAUACUUGUAAUGAGUGUAGGAAAGCAUUCAGUGUGAGGGCGCACCUGAUUAUACAUCAGAGAAUCCACAAUGGAGAGAAACCCUAUGAAUGUAAUGAAUGUGGCAGAGCAUUUAAUGUGAGCUCAGACCUCAUCAAACAUCAGAGAAUCCACUCUGGUGAGAAACCUUAUGAGUGUGAUGAGUGUAGGAAAGCCUUCAGCGUGAGCUCAGACCUCAUCAAACAUCAGAGAAUCCACACAGGAGAGAAGCCGUAUGAGUGUAAGGAGUGUGGGAAGGCCUUCUAUGUGAACUCAGCCCUUAUUAAUCACCAGAGGAUUCAUUCUGGAGAAAAGCCCUAUAAGUGUGGAGAAUGCAGGAAAGCAUUCAGCCAGAUCUCAACUCUUAUUCUUCAUCAGAGAAUCCAUACUGGAGAGAAACCAUACGAGUGUGACGAGUGUGGGAAAGCAUUCCGUGGGAGCUCUAAUCUUACUAAACACCAGAAAAUACAUGCCAAAGGAAAGUGUCAUCAGUGACUUACAUGGUGAAGAUAUUACAAAGGCCUUUUUUUUUAAUAUCAGAAGUUGUCACCAAAGGAAGUGUAUGGUAAAAGUUAAUGUUUUAAUUGACACUUCGUUUCUUGGAAUAUCGAAGAUGUGAGAAGUCAGUGAAAAAGGACUCCAUCAUCGUAAUGAUUGACUUAAGUCUCUGAGAUCACAUCUACUUCUGAGAAUGCAGUUUUACAACUCAUCAGGAUGGUGGUUUGCAGACAGAGUCGUCUGGGUGGAGCACACCCUUCCGGGAUCAGCACUGAAGUGAUGCCAAAUCCCACCCAGACCAGCACAACUGUGAUUCCUAAGCAGUAAGUGGUCCAGAAAAUGACUGCAGCCUUUUGUUUGGUGCUGUCUUGAAAGUGACACAGUCCGCACACCUGUGCUGAUUCACCUGAUCCCUGCCUGGCACUGUUGCAUGGAUGGUGACUCCUGGCCUUAAAUAAGGAGUCUGUUUCAAAGCAGAGUUUUCCAGAAGAAGUCUAACACACAAGGGAGAUGUUCAGAAGACUAAAUGGGAACAUCAGCAGGGGCUCCACACUGGACAAGUUCAUGGACUUCUGAAUAAUUUACCCAAGUGGGAGAGGAGCCCCUUUGAGGACACACAACUUACAUUGACUCAAACCAUGUAGAAUAUCACUCCGAUAAAGAGGCCUAAGAUACCUGGGAGAAUUCACCCUGAAGUUCAGUCCUGUCGAUGCUGUGGGCGUGGGAAAUUCUCCAUUCAGCUUGUGCACAAUUUCCAACUUCAACUGUAAUAAAAGAAGCAGCCACUCGUAAAGUGAGUGGAAGUCACUAAACCAAAAAUAUCCCUCCCUCGUAAGACAAACCCUGGUACACCAGCAGCCCUGACCAAGCACCAGCACAUCCAAACUUAAAGAAAGCCCUGUAGAUCCUCAACCAGGAACGACCUUCAAUGUAAUACCAAGUCUCAAUAAACAACAGAGAAGCCAUCCUGAAAAGAGUUUCAUGAGAAUAAAGAAUGUGGCAAAACCUUCAGACACUGGAGUGAUCUUAGCCAUCAGAGAACCCUUGCGGAUAUCUUCAGUGUCAGAAGCCUUCUCUGUGAGGUCAAGUCUCAUUGAACAUAAGCAAAUUCAUUUUGGACAGGAACCUUAUCUAUGUCACGAAUGUGGCAAAGCCUUUAAGUUCUCUGAUAGCCUUGCUAAACAUCAGAGAAUCCACACUGAAGAGAAAACUUACUGGUGUAAAGAGUAUAAUACCGUAGGAUUCAUUGUGUUUCGAGUCUGGUCACCCGCCAAAGAACCCACGAUGGAAAGCACCAUUAUGAAUGUAGUGAGUGGGGGAAGGCCUUCCUUUGGAAGCCAGCACUUAAUUACCAGAAAACCCAUGCUAGAGAGAAAAUCCAUAAAUAUUAAAAUGUGGGAAGGCCUUCACUUAAAAGCUCAAUCUUAUACAUUGGAAAAUCCAUACUGGAACAAAACCCUAUGUAUGUAUGACCACUGUGGGGACGCUUUCAGCGUUAGGUCAACUCUUAAAGUGUAGCAAAGAUUCCUUGUGGGGAAAAGCUCUUAAAGUGCAGCAAAGAUUCCUUGUGUAGGAAAGCCUUCAGUCAAAGUUCAUAUCUUAUCAGGAAUUCCCUGGCAGUCCAGUAGGACUCCACACUUUAACUGCCCCCACCCCAUAAAAAAGAAAGAAAAAAAAAGUUCAGAUCUUAUCAAACUUCAGGGUCCACACUGGAGAGAAGCCUUAUGACUGGGACAGGUGUGGGAAAAUCUCUUGAACUCAUCUUUUACUAAACAUCAGAGGAUACACAACAAAAAUGAACCUCAAUAGUCAAAUAUGUGGUAGAGGUAUAACAUAGAACUUUCCAACAUCAAAUGUCACCACUAAGAAAAAACCCAAUUGCAAAAAAUCACUUUAACUGGCAUUAUUUUAUGCAGUUAGACAAGUAUUACCAGAGAGACUUUGUCAGGUCACUUUGGGCAAAGCUGAAUUAAAACAGAUGCUUGUGACAGAUCUCAGUGGAUAUUUAACUGUCUUUGGCACAGUUAGCGUUUCAUUUUCUACAGUAAAUGUAGAGAGGAGAGAGUAGGGGGAUGUCUUUAACCACAACCUUGGAUAAUCCAAAUAUUAUUUAUUACAUUUAUUUUUUGUUUGGAAUUCA